UAGACGGUGCACAGCGUUGUAGCCUAUGAGCGACGAGGAGGACACUAGAGAGGACGACCGGAUCUUGCGAUCGGCGAGGCGCCGAGUAGCCCAUUUGGCAUUAGGACCAGAGGGUGACAGACAUUUGUUCCGCCAGCUUAGUGAGAGGCAGCAACAACAGAGGAGAGCUAGAGCAGCCGAGGCCAGCAGGACUUUAGCUAGUGAGGCCGGUGCUACAGCAGCCAUGGCUACUUUCGCCAUGAUCACUUCUGCGCAGCAGACUUCCAAAGCCAGUAGUUCAGGUGUCGUCGGGUCAACGGUCGAGCAGACCGUGAGUCAGUCCACUAGCGUUAUGGCAAGCCAGGCAUUAGUGUUGACUCCAAAGGAUGUCGCCAUCCAGCAGGCAGCCCUGCAGGAGGCACAGCUACAGUGGGCAUUAGGGGAGAUAAAAGCGGAAAAGGAAAGGAUGAUCAGAAGAAGAGUCAGGAUGCAGCGAAGAGGGGCAGAUAUAGAGGAGUUAGAAACGAUGGACCUGUUGAACAUGGAUGCUGAUGUGAGGAUAGUUAGGAAGGCCCUGCUAGGCGUAAUAGAGAUGCAGGAGCAUCAAACUACCAUCCUUCAGGACAUCCAACAGAGCCUAGCCGUUUUGGCAGGCCGUGCGCAGGCAACACCAUUACCAGCCGGGCCUGGUGCCUGGCCCGUGCCAUAUCCCCCUUUUUCUGUCCCACCGGUGACUGGGGUAUCCCCAUAUGUAGCCCCGCCAACGGUUGCUAUCGUUUCCCUGGGCAUGCCGCUGUCAGGAGGGGUAACAGCAGGGAGUAGUUUGCAGGUUCCUGUACAGACAAUGUUUACUCAAAGUCCGUCGCAGGUUGCAGUCACCACGCAGCCUGCUGUCUCGCAACCUGUGCAGCCUCAGGGCACGCAGCCCCACCAGCUAGCACAACAACCUGUGUCACUGGGUCCACAGCCCGGAGUGAUGCAGGGACCGGGACAAACUCAGUUGGUUCCAAAGACGGCCAUCACCGCUCCCAAACCUUUUACAGGGGAUAAGAGGGGCGAAGACCUCGACACGUGGUUGAGGGCAGUGCCGGUCUACAUCAGGUGUAAACUCACCUUGCCGCAUGAAGAAGUGCUUGUGGCUGCUUCCUACCUAGAGGGUAGUGCAACAAGAUGGUUGAGUGGUUUGGUACAACUCCAGGGGUAUGGUCAUGACUUCCUCGCUUGGGCGGCCUCCCAAAAAUUGGAAGACUUUCUGAAGAUGGUGGAAGAAAGGUGGCAUGAUCAUCAGGAGGCCCAAAGGGCCACUGAUGCGAUCCUGACACUGCACACGCGGCAGUUUAAGUCAAUAAGGGAAGCCACCGACGCUGUCGAGCGUCUGAUCUGUGUCCCUGGGGUGCGCUAUGACCCCCAGGUCCUGUUGACUUCGUUCUUGAGAUGCUUUUCUCAGCCUCUCAGGAACCAGUUGGCAAAAGAGGCCAAUAUCAAUAUGCACAACUUCCCUUCGUUCAGCAAGGUGGCCCUAGACCUUGAAGCUAAGAUAGGGCAUGGACAGGCACCCACUACGGAUGGGAGGAAGAAGACACUGCCUUCUAACUGGAAAGCGAAAGGUCACUUGAUGUUUGUCGACAACUAUGGUUCCACCAUCGAGUUGGACGACAACUUCCAGGAAGUAGGUUCAGAGGGAGGCAGCAUAGACGCUUCAGAGGGUGGAGUAGUCGCUGUCGUUUCUCAAAAAGGAAAGGCGACCGGUAGACGCCGUGGAGGCUCCGGGUCUAGGAGUCAAGUUGACCCGAACGCUCCUCCAUGGGAGAAAGCGGGUCUUACUGAGGACGUGUGGAGAGACCGCUACUCACGGCAGAACCAAGAGCCCCUACCGCGCAUCGAUGAUCUGCUAGAUAUAGUGCAAGGGUGCCGGUACUUCAGUAAGAUAGAUCUGAAGUCCGGGUACCAUCAGAUUGCAAUCCGGCCCAAGGAUCAACACAAAACCGCCUUUCAGACGAGGUACGGUCUGUACGAGUUUGUGGUGAUGCCUUUCGGCCUUUGCAAUGCUCCUGGCACGAAUCGGAUAUUCCAUGACUACUUGGAUAAGUUUGUCAUCGUGUACCUCGAUGACAUACUUAUUUUUAGUAAGACUGUCGAGGAGCACGUUGCACAUUUGGACAAAGUCCUCAGCCUCCUGCGACAACACAAGUUCAAGAUCAACGGUGAGAAGUGCGAGUUUGGCCGCACCCGUGUCUUGUACUUGGGUCAUGAGAUCUCCGCGAAAGGGUUGAAGCCCGAUGACGCGAAGGUGGCCAGCAUUCGUGAUUGGCCACGUCCUCAGUCUGUGAAUGAGAGGAGAUCUUUCUUAGGGAUGACAGGCUACUACCCCACCUUUGUCAAGAACUAUAGCAUAGUGGCUGCCCCUUUGACUGAUCUCACACGCCUUGACACCCCAUGGGAGUGGACCGAAAAGUGCGAGGCUGCUUUCAGACAUCUGAAGCAUGCGUUGAUGCACUAUGAGGUUCUGAAACUUCCCGAUCCUGAUAAGCCAUUCGUGGUUACCACGGAUGCCAGCCAAUAUGGCAUUGGCGCCGUGCUUGCCCAACAGGAGGGGCCAAAGUUGAGGCCACUCGAGUACAUGUUGAAAAAGAUGUCGUCUCAAAAGUUGGCAAAGUCCACCUACGAGAAGGAACUCUACGCCGUGUACAAGGCGCUGACCCAUUGGAGACACUAUCUCCUUGGGAGAUUCUUCAUCCUCAGGACUGAUCAUUAGACCUUGAGAUGGAUGAGAUUUCAGCCCGUACUUUCUGACGCUCUGAAGCAUUGGAUCGAAGUCAUUGAGGAG